AUGGACACUUCACAGACGUACUUGGCGGUUUUUGUGGUCUUUCUGAACAUGAACUUCAAGGUAAAACUUAGAGUGAAAUCACUUGUUUUGCUGUCAAUUGAAGAGCCUUCAAUUGGUCAUUUUGAUAUUUCAUCCCCCCGCCCUUUUUUUAAAUCUAUCUUUUACUGCUAAUUUAAAAGCUGUAAGGUAGUGCAAAAUGAUGGGUGAAAACGUUGCCCAAGAAACCAAGCAAUUUCAGUUGUGGCUAAACCAAAUGCUCACACGAAAAGAUUUGUCUUGGGUUAUAGCAGGAGCCCAUAACCCGGAGCGUUCAACUGCCAUAAAUUCGUGCUACGGCGUUUUUACAAGUGAGUUUAUUUUUAGAUAUGCUUUUCCCACGAAAAAUAACUGUUCCACGAGGCCAAUUCCUCCAUUUGAUCGUCGUUUAGACUGUUAGUAGCUCGCUUGGACCUUGUCACGGUCGGCUAUUUCGAAGAUGAUUUCGAUUUAAUUCCCUUUACGUGAAUUAUGUGUUGUUGCCGAUGAAGUACAAGUCCUGGCUAGGUUUUGCAAAUCUUGCUUUGAACUGCUAGUUUCCGUGUAAAUACUGAAAUAAUCGCUUGGAGUACUGUCAGAAGACUCCUCUGAAGAUUCCUUACGUGUGUUUCAAUGUGAAGGAGUUGUCCUAGUUACGUAUUAAAGGUUUAUCAUUGAUGACGCAAUUGCUAGUGAUUGGCUUUUCGAAAAGAAUUCGCGGGAAAGGCUUAUCUAAAAAUAGACCUACUUGUGAAAACGCCGUUGCAUAGACGCAGUAUGGAAGUUAGACGCUCCGGGUUAUGGGCUCCUGGUUAUAGGCAAAUUGAAGUGUUUACAUGGAGAACACUUGUCCCGGGUACUUGGAUCACCUUCUUUCGCAAAGAGGGUGACCCUUCUAGCCAAGGCAAAGUGAAAUAUCUCCUGUAAACGGUCGACAUAAAUUUACAAAGAAAUUAGGCAAAAGUUUGCUUUCUCAGGGCCUCGGGAAGAGGAUAUCCCCUGUACCAGAAACGACGGAGCAGAAAAACCGUUUUUGGCCUAGCUUUUGUUAUAAGGACAUCUAUCCGUUUUUAUGCUCAUGAUUUUCUGUUUUGGGGCCAAAGAACGAAAUAUCAAAUGCCACCAAAAUCAAUUUAGAAAUAUAACGCCUUGUACUUUGGGAGAGGUGGCAAUUUGAUCAGCAGGAAAACUGACAUUUCUGUGAAUAUCUUCAAGUAGCUUUACUCUGGUGCGACAAAUUGAAGGUUUUUCACAAGUUUGGAGCAACAGUGAAACAAAUGAAGAGCUUAUUGAGGGUCUGGAUGGGGGGGGGGUACAAAUGUCAGUUGUCAGUUAAAAUUUUGGCCAUUUGUCAGUUGUCAGUUAAAUUUAAAGCAAUUUGUCAGUUGUCAGCUAAUUGGCUGUUAAUAAUGAAUUAAGUAAUUUAGUUAUUUCUUUUUCAGAAACGUCACGCGAUAUUCAAACGAACCGAUAAAAUACAUCAUUGUGGCUUCGUUGUUUACUUUCGAACAUGGUGGUUUUAACGUUUUGUAUGGAUAAACAAAUGCAGGAAAAAAAAGUAUUUCCAGCAGAAGUUUUUGUUGUUUAAGUGUCAUUUGACGGCAGGAAUUCCCUUUGGAGGAAAGUCAGUGAGAUUGCUGCAUCGGUUCUUAAAAUGGCCUUCACUGGACGGAAAAUCGGAAACUUUUCAUCACCUCUUAUAAAGAAAUAAGUGAUUCAAUAAUAGAGAAGGAUAGGUAAUUUAAUUUCAACAAAAAGGGUUCUAAAAUCUAAAAAUAAUCAAUAAUGAAAAUACACUACCGUCAAAAAACCGACAUGAUCUACCAGGGCCAACAUAUACACCGUAUGCAAGUGCUAUGUAAUUUCCCGGUCAAAAUUAAAUUCUGGCGGGAGAUUAUCCUGGCGAUGACCUUUGCAUACAUUUGCUACGUAGGAGACCCUUGCGUUACAUUUUUUAACAGGUCAGGCGAUCACCCGGGGCCGAGGAGCAAUCAGCCCCAGAAGCUAACUUAUUUCUCAGUGGAACUUACAUUUGCACCUUUAUACUUAUAAAUAGUUCAAUAUGCAUUUCAAGAAUGGAAUAUCGAGUAUGUACUUUCCACCGGAAGUGGACUUUUUGCAUUCUUGGGCAAAUUUUCAGGCAGAUCGUCUCUAUAAGAGUAAUGACACUUAUCAAUACAAAUGUGGUGGCGUCAAGGUAUAUAAAAAGGGAAGAGGUCUUGCUUCCGGUUGCUGUCCGUCGCUCAAAAACGCCUGAGCUUAAGUUAAACUUUACACGUGGCAAAGAAAACGUCACGCAUUCCGCGCAAUUUGAAUUUUCCGGGCGAAACGGCUUUUUUUUGGGGGGGGGGGGGGGAAUUUUCUGUUUAGAAUAUCCCAGUAGACGCAGGGAGAAAGUAAAUUGUCAUUUCGCAAACUACAAAUUUUCAUUUCGCAAACUACAGAUUCUCAUUUCGCAAACUACAGAUUUUCAUUUCGCAAACUACAGUUUUCCCGCCCGGUUUCGAUGCCAUCCAAUAAAGCUUUAUAUCGAAAUCUCCAAGGCCGUAUUUAAUUGUUAGUUCCUUCAGACCAAGGAAUUGAAUAAGGUGCUUUUUGAGAGCAUGUACUGUAUUUAAGUCAUUUAUCGGAAUACGGCUUCCAUGUCUUUCGAAUGCCGUAUCCGAAUUAACGCGGUAAAAGCUUACAAUCGCUUGCAUUGGCAGCCAUCAUGUAAGCUGGCGCGUGCUCGGGUCAUACAGUUGUCGGAAACUGUUGUCAGUAAUAUUUGAUUAUUAUCGCUUUUUCAAUUAGUGCUUUAAAUCUGUCAAGAGCUCUAUUAGCGAGACACGCAAGUUGUAGUUAACGCGAGAAUCUCGUGACACCACAAUCUCAAUGAAACAUUCCGGUAUAGGGCGUAUUGACAGGUUUUCUGAUAGAUAAGUGAAACAAUGUAUGUGCGGUAUUGUAUAUCUUGAGAGAACAAAUUUUACUUUAGUGGGUGAGAGAGAUCUUUAGGUCGUGUAAUAACCAAUAAAUUAGAAACCGAGAAUAUCUUGUGUUUUCAAUUUCCAAAAUAGCAAAUUAUUAACGAAAUAUGACACUCAAGCGUCCCGCUGCUAAGUUUUAAUAUAAAACUUGCAUUUGUUUGACGAAAAGAGUAAAACAUUGUUAUUUACAACGGGUUUUGAAGGAUAUUUAGGGCAAUAAGAUCUUUUGUCAGUUGUCAGUAAAACCCUCUACAAAUGCCAGUUGUCAGUUAAAUUUUAGCCUAUUUGUCAGUUGUCAGUUAAAAUUUUGGCCAUUUGUCAGUUGUCAGUUAACCCCAUCCAGACCCUCCUUAUUGUUUUGGCGCAUCACUCCCAGUUAAAGAAAAAAAGUCGUAGAACUUUAGCGGCCUUAUCACUUCUGCUCUGCCACUUGGGACAACUUUUUCCCAUGUAAACGCCCCCUAAACAUCAGAAGAUUUGUACUGCUCUCCAGGCAGAAUUUUAUAUUCAUCCUCUAUUGAUGACAACUUGCCAAGAUGAUUGAUUCUUGUUUUUUAGGGUUUUGGGAUCAACGCGGAACAUUGUAACUUCUUAACUUCCGAAGAAAAAGCGGCCUGCUUUGAUAAAGGGUAAGAAGUCAUGAAUCUUUUUUCCGAUAAAAUUUCCGGUAUUUCUCCUCUCUGUAUAGUGACGUCAUCUUCGAAAAGCGCGAAAAAUAAAUUAUUAUAUUAAGAAAAAUAAGUUUUUUGGAAUGAGAAUAAUUUCGAUUUUUAAAUGAAUUUAUGCAGAUGCCUCAUCAAGAUUUCUGGUGGAGAAACUUCCGGUAUUGGUGGAGCCUGGGAACAAAGCUAUCUCUAGUACACACCAGGCCUCCUCUCUUGCAAUUAUACCUUAUGUGAUAGAUGCGAGUUUUCCCUUUUUCUCCCCAACUCCACCGACAAGCUUUGCUUUUUUCUUUAACCCACCGUAUCGGUUUUUCCCCUCACCUUUGAUAAGAUCAUUGUACUAAAUAAGAUAGGGCAUCCUUUACGGGUGUUAUAGACAAUUUAUUGCCUAAAAUAAAGGGCCACUUAAGUGGCCCAAGUUUGCCAAAACUGGUGUACCAUUUGUAUUCUCAUCAAACCGAGCUUCGCCAAUGCAAUCUCCCUGCUCUUGAGUAGCAGGCGGCAUAAAGGUAAUUUAUUUCACGGAAGUGAAAUAAAACAUAUAGCAAGAGAACCACCCAGCACUAUAAUCGAUCGUCUAACCUUAAUGUGUGAACUUAUGAAAGGUUGAAAAUCACCAACUACACGGGGCAAGAGUUUCUGUUCUAGAUAAACAACAUUAGCAAUAAUCUUCAGAGGCGGAUCCAGGAUUUUUUAAGGGGGCAGGUGUUGCACCUCCAUUUUUUUUUUCUUUUCUUUCUUUCCUUCUUUUUCUUUUCUUUUCUUUUCUUUUUUUGAAGCUAGAAGUGCACCAUUUAUGAUCGGGACUCGAUCACCAAAUGAGUUAAUAAUAUCAAAUCCUUAGUGACCUUAAGCAUCGCCUGCACUCCUCCCCUAGAUUCGCCUUUGUCACAAAAUUUUUAAAUUACUCAUCCUUCUAUUCCCUUCCAUUACAUAUAAAAGAGCCUUGAAAAAGACAGAUGACGCCGGAGAUGUAGCAUGGAUAGAGACCUGUGUAGUGAAGUACUUUUGCUUGCAGCCCCUGCCAGGGCAAGGUCCCAAAAUGUUCAAGAAACCACAGUUUGAAGAAGAGAUGAAAAACUUCGUGCCCGAUGACUAUUUUGAGGUAAUAUUGAGAGUAUUGCCGGAUGGUGAUCUUACCCCUAUUACAGCGCUAGCUCUUUUGGUCUCCCAUGAGAAAAAACAAUAGACAUGUUCCUAACAAUAGAAGGGGCACCUUACCUUCAACUAAACAGGGUCUCUAUUUGAAUUCAGUUUCAGAUAUUCCGCAUCCGAAUUUCUUUACAAUAGACCUUCCCCGAAUUCGCUUGGCUGAUUACGAAACAAUGGUUCCAAGUCGAGACUGAACUUGAUUCUUUUAUUUAUCAAGGCCUACCUCGACUUGAAACCAUUGUUUCGUGAUCAUCCAAGCGAAUUCGGGAAAGGUCUAUUAGCAUCAAGAUAGCUCUUAGGUAAAAAAUGCCUCAACCAAGUGAACCUGUAAAUGAUAGUUUUGGCGUAAACGGUCGUAGCAGCGGUAGCAGUAGUAGCAGUAGCAGUAGCAGUAGCAGUAGUAGUAUAGCAGUAGCGGUAGCAGUUGUAGUAGCAGUAGCAGCAGCAGUGGCAUUAGUAGCAGCAGUAGCAGCAGCAGAUUUAAUUUAAUAACCAGUAGUAGUAGCAGUAGAAGCAGCGGUAGCAUCUUCUGUUAGGCCGAGAAGGUGAAAUCCUUAAAGGCCCAUAAAUGAAUUAAUACGUUUGUACUUAGUACGCAGCCACAAGAAUCGAGAAUUUCUUUCUACGUAACCCGGACUGGAAAGUAACCAAGGCAAACCCAAAUUACAAAGCCAAUGGCUGCGUGAAGCUUCUCGCCAUCACCGAAGCUCGAUACCUGUACGUUACCUUUGUAUUGUUCAUGCAGAGCGCUAAAUCACUUACUGCAUGUACUCAGGACAGCAAUGGCAGGUACAUACUCCCCACAGCCGUGUGCUUCCCUCGACCCUACGGCAGCGCUACUUGUACAUCGGAUUACGAUGUGGGAUUAAUUGGACACACCUCGGGGAUCCUGACGGCCGCGUUCAACGAAAAUUUCCGGGAAAAAUUCAACAAGCCGUCAGAAGAGGUGUUUGAUACCAACGUCUAUGCUUACACUCUGGAAUACGCCAUGCCGGAACUGUUUACUGGUAUGACAGGAUACUUUAAGAAUAUUGUGCCUUACUUGGAUCUAAAGCCUUGGUAUCAAAUGCAAGAACUUGCCAGCGCAUAUUUUAAGGUAAAGAGUUGAAGGUAGAAUAACUCAAGAAUGAAAUGUUUUAAGGUAAUUCCGUACAAAUAAAACCCAACAUAGAUUUUUCAUGAAACUUGGUACAGUUAUCAAUGGAAACUCGUUAAUUUGAAAACGAAAUAAAAGUCAAGGUCAAGGUCAAGGUGUUCGUUUUUAACCUAUGCGUUGGCAACUCAGAUUACGUCAUUCUGGUGGAGUACAAGAGCAUUAUUGAUGGCAGAGGGAGGACUAAGGAGACUUUUUAUCGUGAUAACUGUUAUAUAGUUCUUGCUGACUAAAUAAAAUGUAGAUGUUUCAAAAUAGUGACUAAAAAGUGUUUAGUCGGACGUGCUUGACAAUAUAUUGUUCGGCAACAUUGCUUUUACUCCAUUUCAAGUCAUAUCCGACGUAAAGAAGAGAAAAGUGAACUAUCAAUGUUAUGCGCAGUAGAGGUGCGCGGUGCGAAACUACGGAAUUAACUUAAAAAGUUAAUGUUGUUCUUUCGUGAGAACGUGAUUAAAAUAAGCUGAUCAGGGAUUACCCUGACUUAAUUAAGCAUUCUUGGGCUAUUCAGUGACAAUGCUUCGAGGUUCCCCUUUUAGACUUAACUUUUCUCGCUAGAGAAGUUUUCGUAUGGCUCUAAAGAGCGACGUCACGCGGCACCGUCUGUACUGUCGCAAUUUGUAAUAAUCAUCGCACUUUGUAAUACCUGUCGCAAUUUGUAAUAAAUCCAUCGCAGUUUGUAAUAAACCGUGUCGCACUUUGUAAUAAAAAAGCUGUCACAAUUUGUAAUAACAGUCCAUCGCACUUUGUAAUAAACUAAGCUGUCGCAAUUUGUAAUAAUUCCAUCGCACUUUGUAAUCAUUUUUGGAGAGUGAUUCAACUUACUUCGUCAACAUUAAUAUAAUGCCAAAAUAUGCAUGGUACUUCAUAAACAAAGAUGAUGACGUCUGCUAGCACGUAACAUCUCCGUAACAUUUUCUUUGGUCUAACAUGCAUGUCUUCCGCUAUAAAUUUUUCUGCCUUGAUUAAUCACGUGACCAACUAGAAACGCUUUAUGAAAGACAUGAAACUUCCUGUGACAUAUCAUCAAAAAGACAUGAAUAACCUCGCAUUCGUCGUCCAAAUCCAUGUUUGCUUGCCACGUGACACGUGAAGUCUUCGGGGGGGGGGGAGGAUAAUCUCAUAUAUGGAUGGGCUAGAUAGGUAAGUACCGCCUGAUAGGGUAUGGUUUUUGAGGAUCUCGAGCCUUUAAUAGGGUAUCAUUUUUUUACGUUGUUGGCUUUGUGUCUUUGGUUUGAUCCUUAGAUAGGGUAACUCAAGUAGUAAUGAAUGGUUUAUUUCAUCCUUUCCAUUUUGUGGAAAAACAGUAAUCCAGAACACGCUCGGAAGAAUUGCAAGGUCCUACGAGUUGUAUAUACGCAGGGAAGGAUACUUUUUUACUAUCCCCAUGGUAUUUGCUUUAGAGGACUCCUUAUAGAAAACAAUUGUUUUAAGAUGGAAUGAGUACUCCUUUUGUUCCUAUAUGGGACCAAAUCAAGUGAGAAUAAUGGACCAAAUGCCCAGCCGGCUCAGUGUAAGACCCCAAGUGAGUGUUUAAAAAACAGGUACAUACGAAGGUAUUCACGCCAGCGACUAAUUGGAUUUUGUGUUUAGGUUUCUGUUGUGGUUCGACGGUUUGCCACUGGUGACGUUUUUUUUUGCAUUUGCAGUAAACAUUUUGAAUUUUUCUAGGCCUCGUUUGAUUAAGUUGGCCAAAAUAUGGAAGCCACUAUUACUUCUUUAAGAUUGCGCGUUAGACAAUUCAAGGACGGUGCACCACGUGUUGUGUCGACCUGUUAUAAGAUCUAACAAGGAAAGCUUGAACUCUCCUCUUGUCCUUAUUCGAAUGAUGUAGGAUGGAUGUUACGACUUUCGGAAAUUAAAUGCUUUUCAAUAAUGGCUCGUUUGUGUCUAGUGUGUCUAGCUCUGUCUAGAUCCUGUACUCUGGCAAUGCUCUGUCCAGAGGCACAUCCCCGUAUUGACCAUAUAAGGAAGUACACCCGCCGGGUAACCAUUGAAUGCAAGCCACCUAGUACAAUAGCAAGGUUCAAGAAUACAGCAUUUCGUAAGUCAGAUAACUAAUCAACAUCAAUCUAGAAAAAUGUUUAGGACUGUGAAUAAAGUUAAAUGUUUGAAUGAGCGGAGAUGUUACGUGCUAGCAGACGUCAUCAUCUUUGAUUAUGAAGUACCAUGCAUAUUUUGGCGUUAUAUUAAUGUUGACGAAGUAAGUUUAAUUACUCUCAAAAAGUUAUUACAAAGUGUAAUGGAAUUAUUACAAAUUCGACAGCUUAGUUUAUUACAAAGUGCAAUGGACAGUUGUUACAAAUUGCGACAGCUUUUUUAUUACAAAGUGCGACACGGUUUAUUACAAAUUGCGACAGGUAUUACAAAGUGCGAUGAAUUUAUUACAAAUUGCGACAGGUAUUACAAAGUGCGAUAGUUAUUACAAAUUGCGACAGUACACCGUCACUCUACAGAAUUUAGAGUAGUCGUUCGUUGAUUGUCGAGUCGCACGAGAUUCCUUCUUAUUCAAUGAAGACACCAUCGUUGCAAUGGUACGGCACGUCUGUUCCGCGACUUUUCCACAUAAAAACCGUUUGUUGACAGAUGGUCGUUCUAAGUAUGAAUAUUUACUUGCUUUUUUAACUCUUUCAAUACAGAUGUAUAAAUUCAGAGACUCGUUCUACAAAGAACUGAAAGACUACGCCCAAGCCAAUCUUGGAGGGCUGGGAACAGUCAAGUCUGUACCGGAUCGCAAUCGGUAUUUUACGAAGUUAAUCGAAAAGCUUGAGACUUGGGAUCAAAACAAGACGGGAGUCAAGAACAUCAACGACUUGAGGGAAGAACACAACAGGAUAUACGAAGAUAUAGUGAAAGACGCUAAAGAUCACUUUGACAAGAGGGAGAGUUAUCAAGAAAUUGUUAAAUAUAUGUCAGAGGUAAGAUUAGUUAUUGAUUAUUAAUGAUAUGACAUUGAAUUUAAAGGUUACAAGCAAUCUGUCGUUAUUUAGCUGCAUUAUUGACCUUUUCUCAAUUCAGCUCAUGGUGAUGAAGCUUGGGCUAGCUUCCAUACAAUCAACGAACAAAAGGUGUUUAUACUAGCUAGACCACAAUGCAACAUAGGCUUGUUAUCUCAAAAAUGCCUGUGCUCAUUUUCUCCCCCUGUUAUUCACUGUUUCUACUCACAACGCCCUCAUAUUUUACCUUCUUACCUUUAUUUGUUUUACCUGCAUAAAUUACGAGUCUAUUUCUUUGGGUAAGAGACCAUUUUGGGCAUGGAGGAGGGGCUGGCAGGUUUCCAGAAUGUGUGUAUAUGGAUAUUCACACCAACCCCUCUCCGUUUACAUAUUUUUUACCUAACUCCCAAUCUACAUAAAAGAUUGUUGGCAUGCGUCCGAUCCUCAGUAUGACCAAAAUUUUCGGCUGACCCUCCCACUUUGGACCCAAUUUCUACCCUCCUAACCCAAGAGUCGCCUCCCCCCACCUCCCGAUAAAAAUAGAAAUAUAAAGCAUUUACCCUUCCCCUAUGGGCAUCGGCCCUCUUCUCCCCGGCCCCUCCCCCUAAGAAUAUUAGUCCCUCCCACCCGCCGCACAAACACAGUGAUAACAUUGAAGAAUGAGUUGACAAGAAAUGGCGUUUAAUUUCUAUGUGGUAUCCCUAAAGGCCCUGACGUAUCUAUGGUUCCUUUUCCUGAAUCAGAGCUAUCUUGCUCUUUUUGUGAAUCGAAUCCGAGUCAUCUCGAACAGGAUUGGGUUUUCUAAAUAUUUGCUUAACUAAUCAUUAUGGGUUAAUAAACUUUUAAGUUCCUACUGGCAUUAUGUCAAAUAGAACAAUAUAUUUCCUUCACAAUGAUCACCCACAAACGAUUAUAGUUAUUGUAAAAAUCAUUUGAUAAUAUGCUUGCUAUAUCAAGUUAUUUUGUUGAAAAUAACGGUGACAAUUAUAGCACAAUUUAGAUUCUGUUUUUUGCUUGACCAACUGCUAUAGAUAUUAUUAUUCUUUCAAAUGAUUUGCAGAAUCCUAAAAAAAUCACAGCAUUUAUGGGAGGGGGCGUAAGGGGGGUACGAAUACCGCAAUACUGCAUCAAAAUUUAGCCAAAUACCGAACCCGCAUUACAAAUGGCAAAAAGUUGAAGUUGUCAAUACUACAAAUCCUCCUUUCAAAUAGAAAUAACACUUUUAUGUCAGUGUUUCCAAAUCACGGUGAGUCGAUGUCAAGCGUACUUUAAACGUAAGAUCAUUCAUUUUAUCAAGAGACUAUAAAGGGGACAGAGAGGGCAUCCCCCAUAUACACCCUAUUCCAUAGGUAAUUCGUCUCGAGUUAUUUUUAACACCACAGAUCUCAAGGGGGAUUAGACAAUAGCCAAUCACAUAGCGCGAAUGUGUUCCGCGUCCUUCACGAAAUGACGCAGAACAAAAUGAGGGAAGACGCGGAGAGCGAUUUUGCUAUUCCUUUUGUCGACGAAAACGACUACAGCGAGAUUUCUGCGAAAGCGAAACCGAAAUUAAAAAAGAAUCGCCCUAGAGCAGUAGAGCAGGGAAAUCCUUAAUACACUAAAUAUUCUCUCAUGAUCAUUUAUAAUUUACAGUUUGAAGAGAGCAAUUUCUGGUUUGAUGUUUAUUUUUUUCAGUCUUUAUAGCGAUUAUUCCUACCCACUUACUUUGUCAAUUGUAGGCGAACCCUCCUAAAGCUGAAUUUCAAGGGACCAUAUUCAAGCUCAGAAAGAGAAAUAAAAUUUCGUCGUUGCUUAUUUACGUCCUCCAUAAAACGCGAAAUUAGGCAUUUUUACGUCGUAGUCGUGCAAAAACCGGAAAGAAAUGAACAAAAAAGUGUGUUGCACGUGCGAAGUUGUUGUUUUGCUAAUUAAAGCUAUUGUUUUUUUGACGUUCCAGUUGUGCGUCGUUGGAUCUUAAACUCCCUAAAUUGUACAAACGACCGGUUUCAAUAGACCGGCGAAAUUUCUCAUUUUAUUAAAGCACUGAGGUUACGACAACUUCGAGUUAAACUGAUUUCACGGGUUGUCAAAGAGUCCAGCGAUACCUUUUUCCCAGGUAAGCGCAGACUCAUUUCGCUUCAAUAUUCAGGAAUGCUCUCGAUCUUUUUACGCUUUCGUUGCCUCUCGCCCGACAUGUUUUGCACGGCGUUUGGUCAUGCGAAACCUCCACGAAACACCCACGCCUCGCGCGAGGUAACUUUAUUCCGAUUCUAAAAAUAACUCGAGACGAAUUACCUAUGGAAUAGGGUGUAUAUCGGGGAUGUCCUCUCUGUCCCCUUUAUAGUCUCUUGUGAUACAACAGGAGUUUUCUAGUAUUACUUUAUAUAUUACCGACCUGGAUCAUAAACGGACGGAAAACAGUUGACUCUUACGAGGUUGUUUCAGAUUCACAAUUACCUCGGUUCUCUGCUGAGGGUUUCAAAACGUCGACCCGGGCUGCCUUUAGGAUUCGAAGGGCACACAGCACACACCGGCCUGCGUAGCAUGGCGGUUUUGGUUGGACGCGCUAAAUAAUAAAGGCGGGCGCGGGCGAGGAGAUUGAGACGGUAGCUGCUUCGCCGCACACAGUCGUGCUGCCGACAAAAUCACGUAAAACUGCCAUGCCCCGGGGGGCGGGGGUACUUAGGUUAAUUUUUUGCUUGGUAUGUGCCACUGGCCUCUCAGAGCCCCUACCCCAUUAUAGUCUAUUCUGUGGCCAAUUAUAGACCCCAUCUUAGUCACUUUUGGACAAAUUAAUAUUUAGCUUUCGCGAUCCAAACUUAGUCACUUUCUAUCUUUAUGAAUUGACCAUUUUUUAGAUUGAAUGAAGAGCACUUUACUUUUCAUCUACAAUACAAAUAUUCUGGUACGUUUGCUAACCCUAAAUCUGAAGAACUAUCUUACGCCAAAAAAGCAGAAAAUGUGUGACCCCAUUCUAGUAACUCUCUGAAAAUGCGACCCCAUUAUAGUCAAUCCAGUCUUGAAAAUGCGACCCCAUCCAGCGACACAUUCCCAUUGGCCUCUUAUAAGGAAGUACCCCCACCCCCCGGGCCGCCAUGCUACGUAGGCUAAGCACACACGAAUACUAGCUCAUUCUAUAUUCCUGCAUGCACAACGAGAAGGACGAGUAGUAAUUUUUAGACCACACCAUCUUCAUAGAUUAUCUUUCGACGCUACGCAAUUUAUAACGACCUCACUGACCUCACUAUUUGCUUGAAUAUCUGGCUGAUCACUUAGUUGACCCUCUGGAUCGCUCACCAUUGUUUUUGCGACUGGCACGAAAGUGGCGGUAACAUUGCUAACGAGGUUAACCAAGCUGACUAUUCCCACAAGGUCCAUGAGGUCAUAAAUAUAGUGCAACAUGUUUACGUAUCAUUGGAUCAAAAAGUUAAUGUCUUUGAUAGAACACCGAUUUUCCGUCGAUCAGAAUGUGUCUGUUGUUCCAUAUAACUGUGCUAGAUCUGGAAGAGUUACUUAAAUUAAGGAUCUGUUCCCUUACAGACGCAGAGUGUUCAGAGAAGGUUUGUAAACAUUCUACAUAAAAUUUGGGUAAGGUGACUGGAAGUUUCUUAACGCUGAAAUUACAGCUUAAAAGUAGUCUACCUCCGACCUGUCUUAGAUAAUGUGAAAGAAUUAUUUUCCAACUGCUUUGCUGAAAAUUGGCGAAUUUUUUACAACACAAAGGAAUAAUCACGCUAGAAAAUCUUGUGACCGACACAAAUGUUUUACUAAUCAAGCAGAAUCCAAAUGGGUUACCUUUCACACCUCUUGAAUGGUUUCACUUAAUUCAAAUUUUUGAGGCCCUACCAACUCAAUGGCGAAAAUCCUUGACAUCUUGCGGACCCAAAAGUGGUAAAACUUUUUUUUUGUAUGAUCAAAUUAAACUCUAUCUUAAAAACCAGGCCGUACAGAUCGAGAGCGUCCUUUGCAAGAAUGUUUAUUCUGAAAUUAGAGCAGGAUAUGAAACCAGACCAACUAACUGCACAAGCGAGAUUUGAAGAACAGUUUCCUGAUAUAUGCCUUGAUUGGCACGAUAUUUAUAAAUUGCCUUUCAAUGUUCUCAUAGACACCAAAUCUAGAGAAUUCCAGCAUAGAAUUUUUAACAUGAAUGUCGUAACAAAUGUACUUAUCCUUCCUUUAAAGUUUUUUUUAAAUAAAGUCAGUUAUGUUCAUCAGUUAGAAAAGAAACUUAUGAAUUCAAAUAACAAAGUUACCGAUCAGGAAAGUAAAUGGGAAAAGUUUCAGCUAUUCUGCCGUGGUAGUGAGAAUUAGAAUGCAAAAAAAAAAACUUAUAUCCUAUUUUAUAUUAGUAAUUGUACCUAAACAGUCUUUGGGUCAGCCAUUAUUUAUGUAUAGUAGGAAGUGUAUUUUGUGUACUUGUAGUAGUGUUUUAUUGGUAUAGAUGUACUAGUGCUUGUGCAAAAAAUAAAGGAAAAAUUAACAAAAAAAUAAAAAUAAAUAAAAAAUAAAAAAGCUAAUGUCGUCAAUCAUAUCAAGUAUUAACUGAAAUUACAAGCCAUACGAUUUGUCUGCACUGUUUGCGUAAUACGAUCCCCGACUGUGCAACUAUACGAAGACACGCAGGUCACGCAGGCUAGCUAGGGAGACCUUUUAGGAUUUGUAUCCUCUUGUCAUGAAAAAGAAGCAGAUCACUGCGACACUUAAGAAAUGGUAAACGUGCAGCGUGCAACCAUGGAGUUAUGGAUGCACGCGGGAGGUUGCUAAGCAAGAAAGAAGCGCAAGAGUCGCACGAGGCGAUAGCCGAGUGCGACUCUAGCUUCUUGAGUGCUUAGCAAACCUCCCAAGUGCAUCCAUAACUCCAUGGUUGCACAGCUGCAACGUUUACCAUUUCUUUUAUAACAUAGAGAAUUAACAGCUUCCAUUUUGGAUAGAAAUAUUUAUUUAAUACUUGACUUUAGAGCCACUUACAUGAAGUUAGAAACAUACCCGCAAUCGCGCGAAAAUUUUCAUUCAAAAAAUGACAAAGCUACACCUUGGCCGUGUUUGUCGAUCUCGGACAAAAAAUACAAUCAUACAAACUGCCCAGCAAACAAAGAAAGCUAUCGGUAAGGACCUUAUGGGCUCAAACAAUUAGUUAAAUUAUGAGUGGUUUUCCGACGAAUUAAAGACGAACUGCACGUUUUGAAUGCUGCAAUCUUUAAAAAAUGGAGCCACUUCUCUUGCAAUAUUGGAAGGAGCAGAAUUUCCUUCUUAUUGUGAAGGACAGCUAACACGGACUGUGGAUUGCACUGAAGAAGAAGAUCUUGCGUAUGAAGCUUCAGUGACUGCUAGCGCCCUUGACAGCACAUCACUCCAAUUUUGAAGCUGAGAAAUCGACGGCCGCGAGUUGUAAUGUGCCAAGGAUUGCUCAUUUCGAUGGCCUGAAAUUGACAUGAUGUGUCGAUUAGGGACUCCAGCAUUGGACCACAGGGUUAUGGCUGUUGCUCGUAUGCUGUGGUUUGUGUAUAUGGUUGAGAGCUCUGCCACUUCGCUGAUUUUCUUCAUCAUGUUGGCGAGGGUGUUAACGCCCAAAGGCCUUAGCUCGAACCACACGAUGUCUUCAGGUCUAACAUUUGACUUCGGAUACUGGAAAAGCGCACUGCACUUCGGGUUGAUCUUUUCAAGAUAGAGCUUAAGCGCCUUGUAGCCAUCGUCGCUUUCGGCUGAUUCGUACAUUCUAGCUUCUUUCUCGUUGCUGGAAGAGUCAUGGACACCACCUGGAUGGUUCUUCGAAGCUUCAUCAUGGGCCAUGGUUACAAAUUUACGCCCGGCUGCAUCGGUUGCAAACUUGAAGCUGUUAGUGGUGAGAGCUCUUUGCCCUUCACGGCCUCUUCGGCAGAAGAAAAGGACAAUAUGGAACCAUACAUUUCUAAGAAAAGAAAGCGGGGAAGAAAGAGAAAAAACGCCACUGGUUUUUAGCUGUUUGAGAUGCCCUUCUUCAAUUGCAGGUUUGUGGGUCACAUUUUCCUUUCCAUUUCUUCUCAAAUUGAUUAGUUGGGCGUCUAACAUCUGGUUUGACCGCAUAAAUCUGGGAUCACUUGCUAACUGGAGCCCUUUGUUGUAUGGAGGAGCGUUUAGAUAUCUUUCAAUGGCAUGUCUGAAUCCAAGCAAGGUGGAUUUACUGUAUGGCUCCCCUUUUUGUGUUCGUGCUUCGGCAUAAAAUCGUCUCAGAUUCUGGUCCAGCUGGCCAGUCGUCAUGUUUUCAAUCGGUGUUUGUAUUGCUUUCUCUGAACUUCAAGCUGAAAUUCAACAUGUAAGCGACUUUAAAAAAACAGUAUUCUUUUUUUAAACGAAUCUAAAAGAACAGAAGACUGAAAAUGUGGAAUAAAUAUAAGCCGUAUGUCAUUGUUUGUGCAUCGAGUAGUCACUCGGUGAAGCAAUUUUUACAGUUUAGUCACAGGUGGCCCAAGCGUAAUAUGAGAGUUUGUAUGGGAAAAAUAGAGUUUGAAACUUAGAUGAAAUAAAUGAAGUAAAAGCGAUAAAAGUUCUCAAUUAAGUGUAAAUAUUGUUACCUGGAGUCGUUGUCUUUGCUUUUACGAAGUUUCAGUGCGAUUUGAGUACUUUUACAGCAUCUGACCUGACAGUGUAAUAAUAGGAGACAAGGUAGGACAGAAUCGCUCGAUCGAUCUUCAAAGCAGCUCAGAAUCAGCUCCAAAUUUCACGCGAAAAAACAAACACACUUACAUUUUACGCCGCCAAAUCCACAAAGUGGUACGUUAAGAUCACUUUCCUGCAAUGCGUUCCGGUAAACCUUGCGUUUGGAUCGCAUAACUUGAUCGAAAAGAUCAACUACAGUUCAAAAAUCGGCGCCAUUUAUCCGUGACUAGUAAAAGUGUAACAUUUCAACCGUUUUGUCGCUCGGCGGUGACUGGGCGCUAACGUCAAAUAAUAACUCACCGGGAGAGGGUGACAUUACUUCGUUAAGACAAAUCUCCACUCACCCACCUCCGAGCAAGGUUGGCUUCUUUGUUUUUACUUGGCCAAUGAACGAAGCAACAAAACAAAACAGAGAAGCCAACCUUGCUCGGAGGUUGGCUCGGAGGUGGGUGAGUGGAGAUUUGUCUUAACGAAGUAAUGUCACUCUCUCCCGGUGAGUUAUUAUUUGACGUUAGCGCCCAGUCACCGCCGAGCGACAAAACGGUUGAAAUGUUACACUUUUUACUAGUCACGGAUAAAUGGCGCCGAUUUUUGAACUGUAGUUGAUCUUUUCGAUCAAGUUAUGCGAUCCAAACGCAAGGUUUACCGGAACGCAUUGCAGGAAAGUGAUCUUAACGUACCACUUUGUGGAUUUGGCGGCAUAAAAUGUAAGUGUGUUUGUUUUUUCGCGUGAAAUUUGGAGCUGAUUCUGAGCUGCUUUGAAGAUCGAUCGAGCGAUUCUGUCCUACCUUGUCUCCUAUUAUUACACUGUCAGGUCAGAUGCUGUAAAAGUACUUAAAUCGAACUGAAACUUCGUAAAAGCAAAGACAACGACUCUAGGUAACAAUAUUUACACUUUAUUGAGAACUUUUAUCGCUUUUACUUCAUUUAUUUCAUCUAAGUUUCAAACUCUAUUUCUCCCAUACAAACUCUCAUAUUACGCUUGGGUCACCUGUGGUUUAGUUUAAUGAGCGAGCAAUUUUUCGCUGUUAUAACCUGUCAAUUUUAUGAUAAAAACAUUAAAUUCCAUCUUAAAAAGACAAUCGUCGUUUUCCUUUUUUUACAACAAGAAUUUAAAUAAAAAAGUGUUACUUUUCUUAGCCUCAAUUCAUGCAGCCGAUAAAAGUUAAUGCACGAGUUUUGGUCGCUGACAUUUAAAUAGCUUUCGACGGGAGAAAAUUAGUUUUCACUUCUAGCUUUACCAUUUACCAAUUAAGUUGUAUGUCACAAAAUUGCUGGAAAACAUUGUGGAAUUGUUACUAUAGAUGGCUUACCUCGAAAAGUUGAAACAGACCAGUUUGUUGUUUUUUUGGUCUUCUCUGAAUGUCUUUGUUCAACAAUAUGGUUCAACUCCCGCUCGCUCAAAUUUGCAAAUCUCUUAGCGGACUUAGACGGAGGUUUCACCGAACAAGUUAAGGUCGAAAUUUGGUAGUUCAACGUCGUCAUGUCGAGAAGAGGCGCUAGAUGUUUCCAUGAUUUUAGCGACAGAAUAAGCUUUAAGAUAAAAACUGGCGAUAUCGAGGAGAAAAAAAAAGGUUUCCGCAAAAAAAGUAAACAAACUGACGUCAGCGUGCAACCCACUGGCAAAUGGAUCCGGCGUAUUAGCCAAUCAGAGAGCGCGAUUUCUUUCAGCUAUGUUAUAUAAAAUGAGUUUUUCACCGACUACCGCGACAUAAAAUUUAAACUUACCGCACACCGCUUGGACUCUGAAAACCGCAAUACUGUAAUUUGAAACGAAAAAUUACCGCAACACCGCACCAAAAAUAACCCAAUACCGCAAUACCGCAAACCCUUACGUCCCCCUCUUUAUGCCUAAAACGGUUUCUGAGUCGUUGACUUUUUACAAUUUCACAGCUCUCUUUCCUCAAAUAAAAUUCUAUGAUCUAUAAUUAAUAGAAUAGGUUGCGUUAGCCUCCGUUGCAGACGUUUUUUGUGGUUCGCUUAAGCGAACUAGUUUAUGAAUAGUAAAUCGUAAGAGUCACGGUCAAGAAGUGCAAAUCAAUCAAGCGAAAUCUGUCUUAAGUUUUGACUGGUAAUGUGAUUGGUUCAUCGGUUACGAUUACUUUCUAUCGGUUCAUACUCAUUGCAACUGGUGUGAACAAGACUUUAGUUUGGCCACAGUUAAACUAACAAGAAACUAUCCUUUGGUUGAUAUUCAUGCGAAACAAAACCUAAGGUCAGCCCGGUUGAAACUUAAUUAUGCAAUAUGACACAAAACAAUCUCUAUUUACCCUUAAAGUUAGUCGGAUUUGGAAUAGCAGUAUUUUGGACAAAAUAAAUAAUAAAGAAACUAAAAACACUGUAUAUAUCAUAAUACGAUUUUUAGCGAACUGUCGCCUCCUCAAAACAGUGCGACGUAGCUCCUUUAACGGAUAAAGAAAUGGUAGAAUGUCAGGGCGAUUAACGAGACGAGAAACAUUUGAAUCAAGGAAGACUGCAUCGGCAACAACAACAACAACAACAUAAGGUUUAUUUGCAUGACUAUAAGUAUUUAGUUACAGUAUUGCAAAAGCUUUAACAUAAAGUUACAAUUUAUAACAAUGAUAAUGCAAUGCAAUGAUUGCUGCAGUCAAUCAAGUGUCAUCAGCAUGAUUUGAUAACAAAUUAGUACGUAAAUCAUUACAUACUGAGACAAAUUUCAAGAAAUGUGAAUUUACGGAAAAAAUUCUGUGAAUUCAUCAAUUUAAUUAUUAAUUCUGUGUAAGAUAGCUGAUUAAAGUCGAAAACAUCGAAACUAUAGAAACCAAGGCAGAGUACUUUGAUGACCGGUUGCGGCGAGAGAGCGCUUCACUUUUAAAACUAGUGAUGGUGAGGUCAUCUAGAUUCUCUUUCACCCGUAAUUCGAGGCUGACUUUGGAUUUAGCAAGCUCCCUUGCUGUGACAAACUGUUGUGAAGCUAGCUUAGCAGCUGCUUUUGUAAACUCCAAGCAGUCUAAGUCCAACUCACGAUAGUUCCCGAGCUGGAGGGCAGUUAUAUACGCCAAAACUUCCAGUGCUUUGAUGCUAGUCAGUAUGUUACAGCAGAGAAACAAACGGACAUCCUCAAACUGUCAGGGGCACCCAACGACAAUAUUCGGAAAAAUAUCUGUUCGGAAGACGAUUUGAGAUCUAGAAUUUUCGGAACAUUUGUUGUAAAAUUUCUUGCUUGCCUGCCUCUCCUAGGAUUUUCGAACAUCUAAAAAUGGUAAAAUUGCCCAUUUUUAACGGAUUUUUACCCUAAAAAGGUCACCUAGAAUUUUCGGGAGCCUUUUUUCUGGCUGAAAUUUUCGAACAGGUAAGUUUUAAUCCCUAUAAUUUUCGGAUCACUAGACUUUCAGCUAGGAAAUCCGAACAGAUGAAAAAUUUAUAGGGGAUAAAAAUAUGCCCAUAUCCACCGUUUAAACACUAAAACACGUUUAACAAUGCUAUGUUUAAGUGGUUUUGAACUAUAUUCUCGUUGGGUGCCCCUGAAACUGUCUGGUCAGCGGACUGAUAUAGCAGCAUAUCGACUGGAAUCGUCCGCCAAAAACGCCAAGUGCAUACGAAUAACAUCAACUUCAAAAGAGGAACUGUACUCAUGCCACCCUGUCGUGUUGUAGGGAGUUUCACGCGACUCUAUAGGUAUAAAAUAUAAUACAGCGUGGCUAUUUCGGAUACCGAUGAAGCAAUGGUAUCCAUCCCAUUCAUAUUCAGUUGUCGAGCGCACAUCUUCAAUAAGAUCUCGGCCUUUCUCUGCUAGAUUUUUUCCAUCGGCCUGCAGACGGCUUGGAAGUACGUUCUGCCAGUCUUUGAUUCGAUCAAAAGUUGUCUCGGAAAGACCAUCAACGUAGUGAGUCAGCUUGAACCCUUUUGAUUUUGCUAGUGUGUCAAAUUUAGCGAGAUUACUGUCCAAAUAAAACCGCCUAGUUUCUUGUGGUAAAUCCCGUAAGACAAACAACUCCGAUUCUACGUGGGGGUGGAUUUGCGUAAGCGCUAACCUGAGAUCAGGCCCAAUUUGAGCGGUUCUCAUACAUUCUCUCUAACGGCUACCGCUGAAAUUGGGCCUGAUACAAACUAUUACAAGUUUGUGCUCGUUAUAUUUUACGGCCAGAUUUUGGCCGUAACGCUGAUUGGCUGUUAGAACAAUGCCACAAGAUCUGAUUGGCUAUCGGAAACGCCGGAAGUUGAAAGCGCUUAUUCCUCGCGUGGUUGUUUUCGUGAAUGAUCCGUCGUCGGUGGAGAGAAGGAUCGAUUUUGAUCUUUUUUAUUAUUGUUUUAUGGUUUUAUGGUAGGAAAAUAUGCCUUAAUAUGUGCCAUGGAAAUUCAGAAAAUUCAUGUGGUUGUUCAUAACUUCUCAGGAUUUGCUUUAUUUACGGAAAGUGAGUGUAUCGCGGAGUUGAAUCCCUCUGCAACUUGUUGACCGGUAACAAGGUGCAUUUUGAUUAACAGAUAAAAGCUAUUUUUUAAGUCAGCCAGUCUGCAUUUUUCCCACGCGUGAAAAAUUUGCAUACUAGAAAAACAAGCAACGGAAGUAGUUCUGAUUGGCUGAUUCGGCAAAUGUCAAUCAAUCAAAAAAAGUGGGCGGCAGACAUUUCGUUAAGGGUUUGUAUCAGGCUCUCUUUUCGUUUCGUCUUGCCCGCCGGAAUAUAAUUUUCAAAGCGAAACGAAAAUAGAGCCUGAUCUCAGGUUACGUAAGCGCAUUCAGUUUUAUUCCCAGAAUUCCAUACGAUUUUUGGCGGGAAGGUUCCAAAACAAAGUUAGGUUGCUAAACUGUUUUUAAGACUCUUUCCAUAAUCAAUUUCAUAGGCUGCCCAAUGCGAGCAUUUUGCAAAAGCCAAAGAGAAGAGAAAGCUAUGGAGCUAUGGAUUAUAAUGUUGAGUCAGUAUAGGGGGUCGGUCACACAUUUUUGAACUUCUUGAAAGGGGUUGGCUGUCUCUAAAACUGCACAUUAGAGGCGGGAAAUUUGCAAUUCCCGUAUGGAAACAAGGAGGAGGGGUCAUCACUUGUUUUUACCUCAUUUUAGGGCCAACAAAAAACGAGCUCCUUCAAAUCGAAUUUUACCGCCCCCCACCUUACUUUAUGACCAGUCCCUUAAUGCACGGUCAAAUAUUUUCAUAUGUGCUAAUACAAAUGACGGUGGGGAGUGAUCCACUGCGGGGAGGGGGGGUACUCCUUUUGUCCAAGUGGUAGGGGAGAUCAGAGGUCUUAUCUUAGAGUUGGAAAAAUGUUUUCUGUGUGAACCUUUUAGGGGUUCCGACUCAAAAGUCAGUUACGUAACAUGAUUCCCUACCUUUUGGGGCCAAUAGGCCAUUUGCACUAAGAGGUCAGGUGACAUCGUUUUUAUGAAACUGAAAGUUAUAUGAUUUUGCCUUCGAAAAACGAUUAGUGGAUCAUAUCUUAAACAAAAUAAUAGUGAUUUAGCUUUUCAAACCCGCACCAUUUUCUUCAAAUAAGUAAGUUCGUAAAUAGUCACGUGAUCAAAAUGUAGCCUGUGCACAGACGUCCUCCCUCCCUCAAAAUGUGAUUUUUAAAAUUAUGAAUUAUCUCUUUCUGAACACAAAUUUUGCACUUAAACGUCAAGGAAAAUGUUGAAAAGAUGGUGUGGUAACGUUUACAGCACAUCUGAGCGUAACUAUCAAACGUUUAUCAAGAUAUAAGCAAAAAGUAGCUUUGGCCGCCAUGUUAAAGGGCAAGAGUAUGCCCUCCAACAUGGCGGCCAAUACAAAUCAUACUACUUUGUUGAAAAAUCAGUGUCAUAAAAUAUCUCCCUUAAAAGCGUUUCCUCUCAAAUUUCGGGUGUGAGACAGUUUUUAUGUGCUGUAACAACUUUUGCAUUCAGCAAGAUUCCAACUUAUUGUUUAAAGGAACCAUUGGUCACGUGACCUCUAAGUGCAAUUGGCCUAUUGCUAUUAAUUUCCUUCCUUGAACAACAAAAAGAUGUUAUCAGUUACUGACCGUAAAUGAUAUCUGCAAUCAUCAGUUUUUCAUCAGCUUAUCAAAGUUUUUGUUCUCUUUUGACGAAGACGUCAUGUACAGUCGUACUCUUUAGGAGUUGAAAUCAACAUGGCUUCCAAAGUUCUUCUAACUUAUGCGUACCUUUUAGGGGGGCGCUUUUAAAACCGACCACCGAUUACCCCUACCACUUGAAAAAAGGGAGUACCCCCCCCCCCUCCGCGGGGAGUCACUAUUCUUGUGCAAGCGUGCCACUCAGUUAUUGUUGCAUGAUGAUGUCAGAGACGGCACAUUAUUUAAGUUAACAAGGUCUCCUUUCUACAUUACGCAUUAUUUAGGCAUCUGAGAUUCCUUUUGUUUAGAGAUAAAUGACAUAUGAAACAGGUUAUUGUAAACCAGACACAACAGAUUUUUCAACAAGAUGGGUUGAAGGGAUGAGGGGGGUUCAAUUAUUUUUCACGUAUUUGUGACUAGUUUUAACUUUCGGUAAAUAUGCACCUAUAAGAGGCAAGAUGGCUACUGGAAGUAAUUUGCCUAUGACAGAAAAGGUCUAUGGUUGAUAUGUGAAUUCCCCAGCUCACCCCAUACUCUGACAUAAAAACUUCUGUCUCAAAUUGCAAUGUCAUCAAUCAACCCUUUGUGUCGUGUGUUAUUUCAGAUUUCUGUAGCCCUAGUGUAUGCAGCCGAGGCCUAUCACACGCGAGGCGCUAUGAGACACGUGGUCGGCGAUCUUCAAAUGCAUUCAGCUGUUGUCAAGGAAGGCACCACGGUGAUGGAUUACUGGGCGUCCAUGAUCGAGAACUGGGCUGAUUCCAACAAGGAAUAUGAACACUGCACUGAACUCAAAGUCGAAGCUUGCCUCCUAAAAAUGAGCAAGUACCUGCGCCGUACUUUCCACGCUAUGAAAAGCAUCUACAAUAUAUUAUCUAGGGUUCCUAACCCCGCAAAUGCACUAAAGGCAGCCGGCCUUCUCCCAGUUUAUCAUUUACAGCCUGGAAAAGACCCAGAAACAAUAUCCCUGGAAUGGGUUUCCAAGUAUCGUGGUGUAAAAGAUGAAAUUCCCGACUUCGCAAAAAACAUCAAGCCGUUCCUGGACACCGUUGGCUACAGUGGCCAGACUGCAAACAAAGCACUGGAUUUUGAAUGCAUGAAGAGAAUCCAAGCUCAAGUGAUGUCUUAUAACAACAUCCUGGUGUCUGCAACAGCUAAAGAUUCACCGGCCAUUCAAGCUAUCUUUACUUUAAUGCCCAAUGGAAAACAGAAGACUCGGCCUGUCCCGUAG